AGUGAAUUUUACGUUAUAUGCGAAAAAAGAUUGCUUUUUUAUUUUUCAAAAGUAAUAUGGUAUCUCGAACGAUUUCUUUAAAAUCUUAUGCAAAUCUUCUAUAAACGAUAUGUGAACAUUGGAUUAAGAAGAAGACAAACAAUGUAUCGGUGAAACUGGCAUGAAAAUGUACAGCGGUGUUAAGUGGCCUCUGUGAUGUAUUGCGAACGGUGCUUAACCUAACUUUUCAUCGACGCUUCUACACGGCGUUUUCUUGCGAUAAUGGUCAUAGACAAUCUUGUCAUUUUAUAAUCAUUUUUAUGUGAAAAUUUAAUUUGAAUGAUGUGACAUGUUGAUGUGACAAAAUGUUUCUUUUUGCUUCAUAUUUCUGAAACUUCUUAAUAAUUUUAUGAUUAUUGAUCAUAAAUUAAACUGUUAUGUUGAGCACUUAUGUAGUGUUCAUUAGUGUAUUGUGUUGUGUAUAGUGUUCAGAUUGUACAAAGUUUUACUUUUUGUGCAAAUUAUAAUUGUUAUAUUGAACUUGUGAUGGUCAUGGUGACAUCAAAUUAUAACUGUGGCAAAUUGAAAAGGAAGAUAACUUAAUGAGAUGGAUAAUAGAAAGAACACAUGCUUUGGGAAUUAAUGGGUAUAUGCUUUUCCUGCAGGAGACCUACAGGCAGCAGGCUGAAUAAUAAAAUCUCAGAACAUAUCUCAGCAUCAGUAACACCCCUCCAUGUUUGUCUGGAGGAACAAAGAGGACCAGAACUGGGCUCUUGUGACGCCUCGGCUUAUAAGCCACAGGCAAAAAAGUUAUUUGAAAAGCAGAAAACAAAAGAAAGGAGUAGUAAAGAAGAAGUGGAAACUGAAAUUAUUGCAAUCAAAACAGGAGAUUUGAAAUUCAGUCAGCCAAGUAUGUCCAAUACUAUCAGUAAUAUGAAGAUGACCAACCGUAUUAAAGGAAUGGUGAGCAAACGUCGUAGGCGUUUCACAGAAGAUGGUUUUGAUCUUGAUCUCACAUAUAUAAGAGAUAAUUUAAUAGCAAUGGGAUUUCCAGCUGAAAAGCUAGAAGGAGUAUAUAGGAAUCACAUAGAUGAUGUUGUCAAACUAUUGGAAUCUAGACAUAAAGAUCACUAUAAGAUUUACAAUCUAUGUUCAGAAAGAUCUUAUGAUUUUAAAAAAUUUAAACAAAGAGUAGCUACAUACGCGUUUGAUGAUCAUAAUCCACCAAUGUUGGAUCAAAUUAGACCAUUUUGUGAAGAUGUACAUGAAUGGCUUUCUCGGCAUCAAGAAAAUGUAGCUGUAGUUCAUUGUAAAGCGGGUAAAGGUCGAACAGGUGUAAUGGUGUGUUGUUACCUUCUUCAUAUAAAACAAUUUCCCACUGCCACAGAAGCCCUUAAUUACUAUGGAACUAAAAGAACGCACGAUAGAAAGGGUGUAACAAUACCUUCACAGAGGAGAUAUGUGGAUUAUUAUGCUACUCUUGUACAAGAAGGAUUAAAUUAUCAACCUGUUACAUUGUUGUUACGAAAAAUACAAUUGGAUCCGGCACCCAUUUUCCAUGGAGGUCAAGGAUACUUACAUUGUGUAAUAUCUGAAUCUAAAAAAAAGAUAUUUAGCUCUGAAAUAGUGGAAGUACGCAAAGGAAUGCAUACAAUUAGUAUCCCUUUAAAACACAGUGUAGCAUUGACAGGAGAUAUACGAGUGGAUUUCUUUAACAGACCAAAAAUGAAACGAAAGGAAAAAUUGUUCCAUUUUUGGUUCAAUACAUUUUUUGUACGGGAUUAUUUAUCGCCAGAAUAUGAUAACGGAGAGUUACCAGUUGAGCGUUCAACUAGGGCAUUGAGUUGCGAUGGUACAACCAUGGAAUUACCAAUGGUUAUGUCGCAUAUGAAAUCCCGAGCUGGAUCGCUGGCUAGUCUCGGACCUAUGCCACCUACUCUUGUUUUAAGUAUAGAUAAAUGGGGUUUGGAUGACGCACAUAAAGAUAAACAUCACAAAGUGUAUAGUGCUGAUUUUAAAGUUAGUUUAUUUAUGCAUCGAAUGGGUGGUACUAUAUCGCAAGCUGUAUCAGCAACGACAAAUAGAACAGGAGAGAGUAUACAAAUAGGAAUGGGAGGACAAGACACUCCGAGCGAAUCAAGUGAAGCGGACAGCAGUGAAUGCGAUACAACCGGAGAUACAACGGGUGAUGAAGAUGGGGAAUCUGGUGAGUCUUCUGCAUCUCUGGUGGUGAAUCACCAUCCUCUUACACACAGCAGUAGCCGUACACACGUUAGUAUUCACCAAAGAGCUAGUCUCAGAGAAACUGCAAAGGGUUUACUCUCACGUGGGGAUAAAAAUAGAAAUAGUCAUCGGCAAACCACAAGCAAUGUGAAACGUUCUUCAGCUCUUGUACGUUCAGCCACGUUUGACACAUAAAAAAAUUAUAUAUGUAUAUAUGUAUUAUUAUUAUAUAUGUAUAUAUAUGUAUAAUUUUUUUAUUUUAUGUACAUAUUGUGUGUAUAUAUAUAAAUAGCGCACACGUGCACUAUAUAUACACAUAACGCACACAUAUGCACGCCCUCACACACAGAGUAUUUUGUACUUAAUGAGUUGAGUUCUUUGAACUGAUAUAUGAUUUUUACAACAAAUUUAUGUAAAACUAGAUCGUGCUACUAGUUUUUCUUUGUUAUGCCAGCAUGAAAAGUUUUAGUAAGUUCUUAAAUGCAUCAAUUUUAUCUAUGUUUUUUGCUAUUGAACAUUAUGAACGUAUAUAUAAAAAGAUUUUGGUUGAUCAGUUUUAAGAUAAGAGGAAUUAAAAGAUAUUUUAGGAAAAUACUUUCUUAAAUGAGAAGAAUAUGAAAUUAUGUCUUUUAAUAUUAUUCCUUUAGUAAGA